UCCGGGGCCGCCGGGCUCUGCAGACACCGGCGCUGGGCUCCUUGAGGCUGCCGGCGCGGUGUGCUCGGGGUGCCGGGGCACCCACACCGCCACCCGGCUCGCUGCCCGCCGCGUGUACCCCCCGGGCUCUCCCGAGCCCGAACGAUGCGGGCUGAGCCCGGGGCCGGGGCUGACCGCCGGUCCGGCGGGGUCCGUCCUGCCCGGCCACAGCUGCGGCUGCAGCUGCGGGGCUGCCCCGGCUCGGAGCCGGGCGCCGCAGGUUGCAUCCGGACAGCACUUGACCAGCUGUUUUGUGUAUUUUCUAAUUUCGUGCAGAACAGGGCAGCGGUCAUUGAGGUAAUCUGUAGAUCCGUGGCUUUAAGGGAUAAAUUAGAGCAUUGGAUUUGAUCCGUAUUGCAGUGGAUUAGAGCAACCUCUCCCCCCUCCCCUUCUCCUCCUCCCACCCCUCCUUUCCAGUUCACUCCCCCCUCCUCCAGCACCACCUUUUUUCCUCUCAUGCAAUACCAAAACUGACCCUGCCUGGCAGAGAGACUGCUAGGCGAACGGAGCAGUGCUCGCAUCACCAGCACACCGCGGGAGCCGCCUCUCCCCUUCCAGCCGCUGCAGCCCCUCCGGGGCACCGCUGCUGCGAGUUCCCGGGAGGUUGGCGCCGGGGCUGAGGUGUCUCCUCCGGGAACCGGGGAGCGGUCGCUGCCCACGGGCUGUCCCUUUGCUUCGGCCCGGCAGGGGCCGUGGGGCGGCGGCGAGGGAGAGCGGCCCCCGGAGGGCAUUUCCCGAAGGCAGCGGGGCCGGGACCCGGCAGGAAAUGGAAGGAUGAAGUGUGCAGCCGGAGCGGUGAUGUUCCUUCUCUCCUUGAUUUCCCCCGCAGGAACGUAAUCCGCAAUGCUAGUUCUCAGGUUGCUCAAUGUUGUCGCUCCAGCCUACUUCUUGUGCAUCUCCCUAGUGACCUUCGUCCUCCAGAUCUUUGUCUUCAUCCCCAGCAUGUUCAGAGACCCUUCCACCACCUCACUUUUCUCGCCUGCUCUGCUGCAUGGGGCCCUCUUCCUCUUCCUCUCAGCUAAUGCCCUGGGCAACUACGUCCUUGUGAUCCAGAACUCCCCUGAGGACUUGGGCAAGGACUUAAACUUGGGCAAAGGAGCCGAAGUGGCAGACUGGCUGGAUGGAAGCAGGUCCCCUGGCUCAGCCUUGCCCGGCACUCACUUCUGUAGACUGUGUGCCAGAGUCACCCAGAGGCAUGACCACCACUGUUUCUUCACAGGGAACUGCAUUGGGAGCAGGAACAUGCGAAACUUCAUCAUGUUCUGCCUCUACACCUCCCUGGCUUGCCUUCACUCCCUGGUGGCAGGCAUGGCUUAUAUUUCUGCUACACUCUCCAUGUCCUUUGUGGACCCACUGGCCUUCCUCACUCUUCUGCCUCACUCCAUCAGCCAGUUCUUCUCAGGAGCUCUCCUUAGCUCCGAGAUGUUUAUCAUCCUUAUGCUCUACCUCUGGCUUGGGAUUGGACUGGCCUGCGCCGGCUUCUGCUUCCACCAGAUGCUGCUGAUCCUGCGUGGGCAGACACGGUACCAGGUGCGGAAGGGAAUGCUGGUAAGAGCCCGGCCCUGGAGGGAGAACCUGCAAGAAGUCUUUGGCAAGAAGUGGCUGCUUGGACUUUUCAUCCCUGUGCAGAAUAUGGAGAGUAGCUACCGUAGGCAGAAAGAGAAAUAAAAUCCCCAUGUGUGUGUGCAUCCCACGCACACAACACCUUC